GUGGAAACGCCCUUUAAUAAUAGCAUUGGUAUAGGCGGCAGAGAUAUCGAAUCUACAGGCUUUGCAUGGUGGUCAGGUAAUGCUAGACUAAUUAAUGUAUCUGGUAAACUAUUAGGUGCACAUGUUGCCCAUGCAGGUGUAAUGGUAUUUUGGACUGGUGCUAUGACAUUAUUCGAAGUUGCACAUUUUGUACCAGAAAAACCACUAUAUGAGCAAGGAUUUAUCUUGAUUCCUCACUUAGCAACACUAGGAUGGGGUGUUGGACCUGGAGGGGAAAUAAUUAGUAUUUACCCAUAUUUCGUUGUAGGUGUAGUACAUUUAAUAUCUUCUGCUGUUCUAGGUUUUGGUGGAUUAUAUCAUUCUUUAAUCGGUCCAGAUACUUUAGAAGAAUCUUUCCCUUUUUUCGGAUAUGAUUGGAGAGAUAAAAAUAAGAUGACAACUAUACUGGGCAUUCAUUUAUUACUUCUCGGCAUAGGAUCUUUUCUAUUAGUUAUCAAAGCUCUUUUCUUUGGUGGUGUUUAUGAUACAUGGGCACCAGGAGGUGGAGAUGUAAGAUUAAUUAAUAACCCAACUUUAAACCCUUCAGUAAUUUUUGGAUACGUUUUAAAAUCUCCAUUUGGUGGAGAUGGCUGGGUAGUAAGUGUAGAUAAUAUGGAAGAUCUAAUAGGUGGACAUGUAUGGAUUGGUGUUAUCUGUAUAGCUGGAGGCAUAUGGCAUAUAUUAACUAAACCAUUCGCAUGGGCAAGACGUGCAUUUGUAUGGUCAGGUGAAGCAUAUUUAUCUUAUAGCUUAGGUGCUUUAUCAAUUAUGGGUCUAACAGCAUCAAACUUUGUUUGGUACAACAAUACUGCUUAUCCUAGUGAAUUUUAUGGUCCUACUGGUCCUGAAGCAUCACAAGCACAAGCUUUUACAUUCUUAGUAAGAGACCAAAGAUUAGGUUCAAACGUAGCCUCUGCACAAGGACCAACUGGUUUAGGAAAAUACUUAAUGAGAUCACCUAGUGGAGAAAUCAUAUUUGGUGGAGAAACUAUGAGAUUUUGGGAUUUAAGAGCUCCUUGGGUAGAACCAUUAAGAGGUCCUAAUGGUUUAGAUCUAAAUAAAGUAAAAAAUGAUAUACAACCUUGGCAAGAAAGAAGAGCUGCUGAAUAUAUGACACAUGCUCCACUUGGAUCAUUAAAUUCAGUAGGUGGAGUAGCCACAGAAAUUAAUUCUGUAAACUAUGGAUCUCCAAGAAGUUGGCUAACAACAUCUCAUUUUUUCUUGGGCUUUUUCUUAUUCAUUGGACAUCUAUGGCAUGCUGGCAGAGCUCGUGCUGCAGCAGCUGGAUUUGAAAAAGGGAUUAAUAGAGAAAAUGAAGCUGUAUUAUCUAUGAGACCUCUAGAUUAA